AUGCGGUUCUUAGGACAAGCAAUCGUUGUCAUGGAGGUCGGAUGGGAACAUAACAGAAAAUCUACUGCCCCAUUGGCAAAGUGGAAAUUUCCAGUGGAUGAAUCGAUAAUGGGGCUGCAUCGCUUUGUGCAGGGGAUCGUUGAGCUUGAGAUCACGCCGGUUAGGUCUCAAAUGCCGUGCAGGUCAGGCCAAUUUCUCAUGGUACCGCCCGUUUCUACAAGAGGAAGACGGUCGCUGUCGUUUUGGUCCAAACAAGGGCCAAUCAAAGGGUUUGUAGCUUCUCCGGCACUGCGGACGCCAAAGAAGCCGGCGAGCUCUUCACCUUUAAAAAAAAAGAUGGUGAUUCGAUGGGGCAUGCUGUCGGAUACGACAUUUUUCUUGUUUGACAAUACAACGGCUAGGCUACUUGUUAGUCUGGAUUUAGUAACUUUGCAGUUGAUUAAGUCCGGCGUGCAGCUUGAUGGCAAUCAAAGUCAGCAGUUUCCAGUGAAGUUGUAUGCCAAUGGUACAAUGUACGUGUUGUAUGUGUCAAGUUACUCGCAACAGCAAUCGUGGGAGUAUAGAAUCAAUUUGUACCGCCGAGAACUACUGCAACUCAAAUGA